CGCGCCUCGUGUUCCGUUGUUCAGUCCGUGGGGCCGGCAAUCUUGCUUGCUCCAUCGGCUCUGCCGCCUCGCUGCCUGCCGCCUGACGCAUCACAACGCCUCCCCCGCCUCCUGCUUCUGCGCUGCGAGUAAGGCUGUGACUUAACGAUGGGAUACCCUAAUGGCUGCGGGACGCGCUACAAAGCGCUGUAGCGGUCGCAGCCGUUGUAACAGAUAUCAUCGCCGGCGGACUGGAUCGAACUGCACCGGAUUCGUCGAUGCCCGGUCGGCGGGCAGAGCGUGCCAGCCGUCUCUGAUAGCUCUGUGACAAGCUCUCCGUCGUCACCGUCAUCUUCGACCGCUACGAUGGCCUGUGGCGAUGAGGCGUCCUGAGCAGCGUCGGGCCAGUAGGAGGCUUCUUCCCUCACCAGCCGGCGGCGGCCCAUGCCGACCUCCUCGUCGUGUUCGCUGGCCCUGCCGCUGCUGCAGACGGCCGACGAAGAGCACGAUGGCUACUCUGCCGCCACCGCCGCGGACGGCAAGCCGUACGCUAACGGUUUGGUCGACGAAGACGAUGACGGCGCCACUUCGUCCGGCCACUCGUGGGAGCUGUACAAAGGCCUCGCCUUCUCCUCACUGUCCAGCUUCUUCUUCUCCAUCUGCACCGUCAUCGUCAAGAGACUCAAUUACAUAUCGGCGGCCGAGCUGGCUGUGGUGCGCUUCCUGGGCAUCCUGGUGUUCACGGCGCCACUGGUGGUGCUGAGCCGCGAGUCACCGCUCGGGCCGCGGGGCGUUCGCCGGCUGCUGGUGCUGCGAGGACUGCUGGGCGCCACCAGCCUGUUCCUACGCUUCUACGCCAUCCACUACAUGCCGAUCGCCGACGCGUCCGUCAUCAUCUUCAGCGUGCCGGUGUUCGUGUCGGCAUUGGCCAAGCUGUUCCUCAAAGAACCGUGCGGAUUUUUCCACGUGGCCGCCGUCAUGGUCACCCUCGCCGGGCUCGCGCUCAUCACCAAGGUGCCGCUGCUGUUCGGGGGCGGUGUCGACCAAGGGCCCGUGCAGGCACGCGGCGUGCUAGCCGCACUGUCAUCGACCGUGUUCGGGGCCAGCGUGUACAUCGUGGUGCGCAAGGUCAAGGGCGUCCACCACUCGGUCAUCAUGUUCAACUUCGGCUGGGUCGCCAUCCUGGAGACGGCCACCAUCUCGCUGCUGACCGUCGGUCAGUUGGAGCUGCCCCGCUGCGGCAUCGACCGCUGGCUCCUCGUGGUGCUCGGCGCGUUCAGCUUCGGCGGCCAGGUGCUGCUCACGCGAGCCCUUCAGCUCGAGCAGGCGGGCCCCGUGUCCGUGGUCCGGUCGGCAGCCGACAUCGUGUUCGUGUUCGUCUGGCAGGUGGCGUUCUUCGGCGAGGUGCCCGACCGGUACACCAUGUCUGGCGCCGUGCUCGUCACCGCUUGCGUGCUCCUCACGGGCUUGCGCAAGUGGGCGCUCACGCUGCCCGAGAGCUCGGCCACCAGGGCCAGGCUCGCCUGGCUCAUUUCUUGAUCCCACGUGGUGCUUUGCCUCGCGAUAUUGGCUGAAAAGCAACGAACGCUCGCGGUGAAGCUUGCGAAUGUCAAAAAGCUUGUGCCAGGCACAGUGUGCGAUAAGGCGAAACGCUCGCAAUUGGCAGUGCUGUAAAGAUUCACUUAGACCACGCAGAUGUUUCCAAAAAGAUCAGGCAAACACGAGUGACUCUACAAAACAUCAGCGUCACCCGCGAGCGGACGACACGUGAUCAUACACAAAAUGGUGGCUGCUUGCAGCGCUAUAGCGUUCGUGAGAGCGAAGACAUGCUUGUCGGCCCAGUCCUCACAUUGCGCACAAGUAUCGGAUUCCAACACACACAUAGGGUGCGCAUUAGAAACUCGCAUCGUUCUGUUUGCUCGCGGUUGUUAAAACUGUGUUGUCCCGUGGGAGUGCUCGCUGCAGAUCUGGGCAUGCUUUCAUCGAGGUAUGUUAAUUCAAGACGUAAGUGCGCUGUGGUAUGACUUGGGGUGCACUAUUAAAGGUUGCGUUUUGUUGUUUUUGACAGCUGUCUUGAAAACGCUGACGCUCUUCGAUGCUCUAGAAUUAAAUAAGGAAAGAAAGAAACUCUGGGCGCGUAAAGCUACUAUACUGCAUGUGAAACAACUAGUCAACGUCUGCUGGCGACACUGUCAUUAUAAGCGUGCUGGAGGCCGCGACGGGCAGCGUUAGCUAUGCAUUAAGUAAAGACGCAAAAUGGUGGUGUGUCUAAAUGAAGACGCAGAAGUGUUUUGUUUUCUCGCUAGCUUCCGAUGCAUUUUCGGGUCAACUUCAGGGCUGAGUGUAUUGGUCGCCACCAUCUCUUGUCACGAUCGGUGUUUCUAGGACUCUUGCGGUGUAUGACAGCGGAGAUUGCUUUCUAGAUGACGUCACUAUAACUGCGAUGACGCCGCUGAAAGUGACAAACCUCUCUAGCGCCUUUCGGUAGUGUGGUGUGAGUAAAAGUUGCAUCCGCGACCGGGUUGACCUUAGUACGACGUUCCUCACGGUUCUGGAUACGCGCUUUCGCCUCCUGUAGUCAGCGCCUCACAUAUCGUGCUUGUACGUUCCGUACAGAUCUAGCUGUGAUAAUAAUUUUGAGAAGAUAUGCUCGUGUCUGCGGAUGAGAACAAAAUAAAGAAUUAUUGACGCUUGUUAGAAA